AUGGAUUUCCAAUCUAGCCAAUAUCCUUCCACCUUUGCUGGGUUCUCCACCUCUGCCGCCCACCUUGGCCAAACUACGACACAUUCCCCGCAGAAUCAGUUCUUCAACUCGGAUCCACAAGCUCGGUUCGCGCAAUCAAACAACGCGUUCUCCUACGGCGGUCUCCCCAAUGGCGGCCAAGGCGCCUCGUUCCCUAACAGCAUGCACAGUGGCGCCAUGAUGCAGCCUGGAGCUGCCAUGUCCCAGGGCCAGCUUCACCAAGCACGAGCGCAACAGCAGCAGCAGCAGCAACAGCAGCAGCAGCAGCAGCAGCACAACCCGUAUUCGGGCGCGCCUUACUCACAGGCGCUGCCGUCGCCGGCCCAUCAGCAGUUCGCCCAGAACCGCCAGACCGCCUCGCCGGCCCUGAGUAACCAAGGCCAGCCUUAUGCCACACCUCAGCCGCAGCAGUCGCCCUCCACCCUGCCGUCGUCCAACGGUCAGCAGCAGCCCAUGAACUUCAACCUCUCAUCUCAGGUCAAGAGUGAGCCUGCGCAGGCGCAAACGCCCAUCAAGGCUGUGCCACAGUCGCCUGUGUCGCCCGUCACGCCGGCGAAAGCCCACGAGCGCGUCGCGGUUCUCCUUGAGAUCAACAGCAUACUCAUCAACGAGGCUACCAGCCUCCAGACUCAGGGCAAGGGCGGCCAAAUAGGAGUGGCCGAGGAGGGCAAACAACAGCCAUCCAAAGAGUACAUCGACUAUGUCCGUCGCCUACAAGCCAACCUCUCUUAUCUGGCACAGAAUGCCGAGAAGGUGCCCAAGCCAGGACAGCCCGUACAACCUGGGCCUGCGAUAAUGUCCGCGCCCACAACACACGAGGAGCUUGGCAAGCUAUAUCUCAGACUGCAAGGCCUUUUCCCCGGGUGGAAGGGCGGCCAGCCUGCAGCAAGGCAGUCGCCUGGCGGCCCACAACGGAUGAACUCGAAUACAUCACAACCGCCCAACAGCGCAGGUCUGCAGCAGAACUGGGGCCAAAACCCUAUGCAGCAGCAACCUAAGAUGGAGCAUCCACAGUGA